UUUUCGUUUUUUCCCUUUAGCGGUGACGGUGCAACAGUCUUCGGUCGUCCCGAAUCCGGGUUCAUCCGACACCCUCACCAAACCCAGCUGAACUGAGCCGAGCUCCACUCUUACAGCAGCAUCAUGCCUCCAAAAUUCGACCCCAACGAGAUUAAAGUUGUGUUCAUGAGGUGCACAGGAGGAGAAGUUGGAGCCACCUCGGCGCUGGCCCCCAAAAUCGGACCCCUGGGUCUGUCUCCUAAGAAAGUUGGUGAUGACAUCGCCAAGGCAACAGGUGAUUGGAAGGGUCUGAGGAUCACCGUGAAGCUGACCAUCCAGAACAGGCAGGCAGCGAUCGAGGUGGUCCCCUCCGCGUCUGCCCUGAUCAUCAAGGCCCUGAAGGAGCCCCCCCGUGACAGGAAGAAGGUCAAGAACAUUAAGCACAGUGGAAGCGUGCCGUUCGAUGAGAUCGUAAGCAUCGCUCGUGUCAUGAGGCCUCGCUCCAUUGCCAGGGAGCUCUCCGGAACCAUUAAGGAGAUCCUGGGAACUGCUCAGUCUGUCGGCUGCACCAUUGAUGGCCGCCUUCCCCACGAUGUCAUUGAUGACAUCAAUAGCGGCAAGGUGGAAUGCCCAUCUGAAUAAAAACUGAGGAUAGAAUAAAACUUGUUUUCAAAAAAUUA